GGCUUCGGCAGGCGGGCGGGGAUCGCCGCCGUUCGGAAGGGGAGAGCGUGCCGGGGGAAGGCGGGCCGGCGCUCGGCUGUGUGUGCCGGUGGGCAGGGGGCUGGUUAUCAUGGCGGAUCGGACGGCUCCGCGCUGCCAGCUCCGGCUGGAGUGGGUGUACGGCUACCGGGGCCACCAGUGCCGCAACAACCUGUACUACACGGCAGGGAAAGAGGUGGUGUACUUCGUGGCUGGAGUCGGCGUGGUUUACAACACCAGGGAGCACAGCCAGAAAUUCUUCCUCGGGCACAACGAUGAUAUUAUCAGCCUCGCAGUUCACCCGGAUAAAACGUUGGUAGCCACAGGGCAGGUUGGGAAGGAUCCCUACAUUUGCAUCUGGGAUUCCUACCGUGUCCAGACCGUGUCUGUCCUGAAGGAUGCGCACACGCACGGAGUCGCCUGCCUGGCCUUCGACUCGGAUGGCCAGCGUUUGGCUUCUGUGGGACUGGAUGCCAAAAACACGGUGUGUAUUUGGGACUGGAAGAGAGGAAAGCUCCUGGCGACAGCUACAGGCCAUUCCGACAGGAUAUUUGAUAUUUCCUGGGAUCAAUAUCAGCCAAACAGAAUUGUCAGCUGUGGAGUAAAACACAUAAAGUUUUGGACGUUGUGUGGGAACGCACUGACAGCAAAAAGAGGAAUAUUUGGUAAAACAGGAGAUCUCCAAACAAUCCUGUGUUUAGCCUGUGCUAAAGAAGACAUCACCUACUCUGGGGCUUUAAAUGGAGACAUCUAUGUUUGGAAAGGGCUCAACUUGGUCCGCACAAUUCAAGGAGCACACAGUGCUGGAAUUUUUAGUAUGUAUGCCUGUGAAGAAGGCUUUGCCACUGGAGGGAGAGAUGGCUGCAUUCGGUUGUGGGACACCGAGUUCAAACCAAUUACUAAAAUUGAUCUCAGGGAGACUGAACAAGGAUACAAAGGACUGUCCAUCCGCAGCGUGUGCUGGAAAGCCGACAGGCUCCUGGCGGGGACGCAGGACAGCGAGAUCUUCGAGGUGCUCGUCAGGGAGAGGGACAAACCCAUGCUGAUCAUGCAGGGCCACUGUGAGGGGGAGCUCUGGGCCCUGGCCGUGCAUCCCAAGAAGCCUUUGGCGGUCACCGGCAGCGACGAUCGCUCCGUGCGGUUGUGGAGCCUUGCUGACCACGCCCUGAUUGCACGCUGCAAUAUGGAAGAGGCCGUACGGAGCGUGUCCUUCAGUCCUGACGGAUCCCAGCUGGCACUUGGGAUGAAGGAUGGCUCCUUCAUUGUCCUCAGAGUAAGGGACAUGACCGAGGUGGUUCACAUCAAGGACCGCAAGGAGGUGAUCCACGAGAUGAAGUUUUCCCCGGACGGCUCCUACCUGGCCGUGGGCUCCAACGAUGGCCCCGUGGACAUCUACGCCGUAGCCCAGAGAUACAAAAAAAUCGGGGAGUGCAACAAAUCCUCCAGUUUCAGAGAACACCACAAAUACAACACAAAUAUUACAGGUGAAACGAUCAGAAUGUUUUUAAGGAUCCCCUCUGGGAAGCAUCUAACAAGCAAAGAUGAGAUCAAAGGAAUUCACUGGGCCUCGUGGACCUGUGUGAUAGGCUCUGAAGUGAGUGGAAUUUGGCCAAAAUACACAAACAUCACAAAUGUCAACUCUGUGGAUGGGAAUUACAACAGCUCCGUGCUGGUGACUGGUGAUGACUUUGGGCUGGUGAAAUUAUUCAGAUUUCCGUGCCUAAAGAAAGGAGCUAAAUUCAGGAAAUACGUUGGCCACUCAGCCCACGUCACCAAUGUGCGCUGGUCCCACGAUUUCCAGUGGGUUUUGAGCACGGGAGGUGCUGAUCACUCUGUUUUUCAGUGGAGAUUUGUUCCAGAAGGGAUAACCAAUGGCAUCCUGGAAGCCUCUCCACAAGAGGGUGGUGUUGAUUCCUACAGUGAGGAAUCGGAUUCAGAUUUAUCCGACGUGCCAGAGCUGGAUUCUGACAUUGAACAGGAAGCCCAAAUCAACUAUGAUCGCCAGGUUUACAAAGAAGACCUACCUCAGCUGAAACAGCAAAGUAAAGAGAAAAACCAUUCUGUGCCCUUCCUUAAGAGAGAGCGAGCACCUGAGGACAGCUUGAAGCUGCAGUUUAUACAUGGGUACAGGGGCUAUGACUGCAGGAACAACCUGUUCUACACUCAGGCAGGAGAGGUGGUUUAUCACAUCGCCGCCGUGGCCGUCGUCUACAACCGGCAGCAACACUCGCAGCGCCUCUACCUCGGCCAUGACGACGACAUCCUCAGCCUCAGCAUCCACCCCAUCAAGGACUAUGUGGCUACUGGGCAGGUUGGAAGAGAUGCUGCCAUCCAUGUUUGGGACACCCAGACCCUGAAGUGUUUGUCAUUGCUCAAAGGCCAGCACCAGAGAGGAGUGUGUGCACUGGAUUUUUCAGCUGAUGGGAAAUGUUUGGCAUCUGUUGGGCUGGAUGAUAACCAUGCCAUUGUGUUCUGGGACUGGAAAAAGGGAGAAAAGCUGGCAACAACCAGGGGCCAUAAAGAUAAAAUAUUUGUAGUGAAGUGUAAUCCACAUCAUGUGGACAGACUGGUCACGGUUGGGAUGAAGCACAUCAAAUUUUGGCAGCAAACAGGGGGAGGCUUCACCUCCAAACGGGGCACGUUUGGGAGCGUGGGGAAGCUGGAGACCAUGAUGAGCGUCUCGUACGGGCGCGUGGAGGAGCUGGUGUUCUCUGGGGCUGCCACUGGUGACAUCUACAUCUGGAAGGAGACCCUGCUGCUGAGGACAGUGAAGGCCCAUGAUGGACCUGUGUUUGCCAUGCAUGCACUGGACAAGGGCUUUGUGACGGGUGGAAAAGAUGGAAUUGUGGCCCUUUGGGAUGACAUGUUUGAGAGAUGUCUGAAGACAUAUGCUAUUAAAAGAGCAGCACUCUCUGCUAGUUCUAAAGGUUUACUUUUAGAAGACAACCCUUCCAUCCGAGCCAUCAGCCUGGGACAUGGGCACAUCCUGGUAGGAACUAAAAAUGGAGAAAUACUUGAAAUUGAUAAAAGUGGGCCUAUGACUCUGCUUGUUCAGGGCCAUAUGGAAGGAGAAGUGUGGGGCUUGGCAGCUCAUCCUCUCCUGCCCGUCUGUGCCACCGUGAGCGACGACAAAACCCUGCGCAUCUGGGAGCUCUCGUCACAGCACCGCAUGCUGGCAGUGAGGAAGCUCAAAAAAGGCGGGCGCUGCUGUGCCUUUUCUCCGGACGGGAAGGCGCUGGCGGUGGGGCUGAACGACGGCAGCUUUCUGGUGGUCAAUGCCGACACCGUGGAGGACAUGGUCUCCUUCCACCACAGGAAGGAGAUGAUCUCGGAUAUAAAGUUUUCACGAGAAUCAGGAAAGUACCUGGCUGUGGCUUCCCAUGAUAACUUUGUAGAUAUUUACAAUGUCCUUACCAGCAAAAGAGUUGGCAUUUGCAAAGGUGCCUCGAGCUACAUCACCCACAUCGACUGGGACUCCAGAGGAAAGUUAUUGCAAGUCAAUUCUGGUGCCAAAGAACAACUAUUUUUUGAAGCACCGAGGGGGAAAAGACAUAUCAUAAGAAUUGCUGAGAUAGAGAAGAUUGAAUGGGACACCUGGACAUGUGUGCUUGGUCCCACCUGUGAGGGAAUCUGGCCCAUGCACAGCGAUGUCACCGUUGUCAACGCGGCCAGUCUCACAAAGGACAGAAGCCUCUUGGCCACGGGAGAUGAUUUUGGCUUUGUGAAGCUCUUUUCCUACCCAGUGAAGGGCCAGCAUGCCAAGUUCAAGAAGUACGUGGGGCACAGCGCCCAGGUGACCAACGUGCAGUGGCUGCACAACGACUCCGUGCUCCUCACCGUCGGCGGCGCCGACACCGCCCUCAUGAUCUGGACCAGGGAGUUCCUGGGCAUCCAGGAGAGCAAGCUGGUGGACAGUGAAGAGUCAGACACAGAUGCAGAAGAAGAUGGAGGUUAUGAUAGUGAUGUUGCAAGAGAAAAAGCAAUUGACUACACCACUAAGAUCUAUGCAGUGAGCAUCCGAGAAAUGGAGGGUACAAAGCCCCAUCAGCAGCUGAAGGAAGUUUCAGUGGAAGAGAGGCAGGGAAUUGUCAAGGGAUCAAGGCCACCCGUGAGCAGAGCUGCUCCUCAGCCUGAGAAACUGCAGAAGAACAAUGUCAACAAAAAAAAGAAACUGGUUGAGGAGCUGGCUUUAGACCAUGUGUUUGGAUACAGAGGAUUUGACUGUCGCAACAACCUCCAUUACCUGAACGAUGGUGCUGACAUUAUUUUCCACACAGCUGCAGCAGGCAUUGUCCAAAACCUCUCCACUGGCAGCCAGAGCUUCUACCUGGAGCACACUGAUGACAUCCUGUGUCUGACGGUGAACCAGCACCCCAAGUACAAGAACGUGGUGGCCACCAGCCAGAUCGGUGACAUGACAGAAUUCCCAGGUAAGGCUGAUUUGUUUGUGAAUUUAGCAGAGUCCUGUACGAGUUCCAUGUUGCCUCGUUGUAUCUGUGUGAACCAUGGAUACAACUCUCCAGAAUUCAUUGUGUUUUUCUGCCUCCCUCUGCCCGCAGGUACAACCCCCACAAUUCAUAUAUGGGAUGCCAUGAGCAAGCAAACCCUUUCCAUGCUGCGCUGCUUCCACACCAAAGGGGUCAAUUACGUGAACUUUAGUGCCACUGGCAAACUUCUGGUGUCAGUGGGAGUUGACCCAGAACACACCAUCACCGUCUGGAGGUGGCAAGAAGGGGCUAAAGUUGCCAGCAGGGGAGGACACCUGGAGAGGAUCUUUGUUGUGGAGUUCCGCCCGGAUUCUGACACUCAGUUCGUGUCCGUGGGGGUCAAACACAUGAAGUUCUGGACCUUGGCUGGCAGCGCUUUGCUCUACAAGAAAGGAGUCAUUGGUUCCAUGGAAGAUGCCAAAAUGCAAACCAUGCUCUCUGUUGCCUUUGGAGCAAAUAACCUCACGUUCACUGGUGCCAUCAAUGGAGAUGUGUACGUGUGGAAGGAUCAUUUCCUGGUCAGGCUGGUGGCCAAGGCUCACACGGGACCAGUGUUCACCAUGUACACGACUCUGCGGGACGGGCUCAUUGUCACUGGAGGGAAGGAGAGGCCCACGAAGGAGGGAGGAGCAGUGAAGCUGUGGGACCAGGAGAUGAAGCGGUGCCGAGCCUUCCAGCUGGAGACCGGGCAGCUCAUCGAGUGCGUGCGCUCCGUGUGCCGGGGCAAGGGGAAAAUCUUAGUGGGAACAAAAGAUGGAGAAAUCCUUGAAGUAGGAGAAAAAAAUGCUGCUUCAAACUUGUUAAUUGACUGUCAUAUGGAAGGGGAAAUCUGGGGCUUGGCAACUCACCCCUCCAAAGACAUAUUUAUCUCUGCAAGCAAUGACGGAACAGCCAGGAUCUGGGACCUGUCGGACAAAAAGCUGGUGAACAAGGUGAGCCUGGGGCACCCCGCGCGCUGCGCCGCCUACAGCCCCGACGGCGAGAUGGUGGCCAUCGGCAUGAGGAACGGAGAGUUCGUCGUCCUGCUGGUCAACAGCCUCAAGGUCUGGGGCAAGAAGAGGGACAGGAAAUCUGCAAUUCAGGACAUCAGGAUCAGUCCAGAUAACAGGUUUCUGGCAGUGGGCUCACAAGAACAUACUGUGGAUUUUUAUGAUCUCACUCAAGGCACAACCCUAAACCGAAUUGGCUACUGCAAGGACAUUGCCAGUUUUGUCAUACAGAUGGACUUCUCUGCAGACAGCAGGUACAUCCAGGUAUCCACAGGUGCCUACAAGCGUCAAGUUCACGAGGUGCCACUGGGAAAGCAAAUCACAGACCCUGCAGUCAUAGAGAAAAUCACCUGGGCCACGUGGACCAGCAUUCUUGGAGAUGAAGUCAUUGGGAUCUGGCCACGAAAUGCAGAUAAAGCAGAUGUCAACUGUGCCUGUGUGACCCACGCUGGCCUGAACAUAGUCACAGGAGAUGACUUCGGCCUGGUCAAGCUGUUUGACUUCCCAUGCACGGAGAAAUUUGCCAAACACAAGCGGUACUUUGGGCACUCAGCGCACGUCACCAACAUCCGCUUCUCACACGACGACAAGUUCGUGGUGAGCACCGGAGGGGACGACUGCAGUGUGUUUGUGUGGCGCUGUCUCUGAGGAGCCCCUGGCUGCUGCUGUCCUGCCCCAGCGAGGGAAUGAAUGUCCCUGGGGCUGCAGGAAUCCCAGCCCUGUUGCAGGCUGACAUUUCCAGAUCACUCAUCCCAACUUAGCGAGAGGGAAUGGGAGCUGGCGUUGGAAAGCCCAACGCCCUUGCGAAGGAAGCUGAGGUCUGAAGGGUAACCUGGGGAUCCCAAAGGGAUGAACAGUUCACUCACAAAGCUGCUUCUGCCUAAUACUGUGUUGUUCAAACCGUGUCUGAAAAGGGAGAAAACGCUGACAAAAUGCUGGGCCCUUUAAUUUCCAAAUUUGUGGCUUGAACAAAGUUCAAAAAGUGGGUGGGUUUUAACCACACCUCUUUAAAACUCCAAUUUGGUGCACUCAGUAAAGCUGGGAGGAUUUAACAGCAGGCUGGGGAGGGGGGAAGUCAUCCUUCAGCUUUCAUUAAUUGAAGGAGCAAAGUAUCCUUUUUUUUUUAAGUCCAUUUUAUUUUUAAAUAUAUAUAUUUGGCAGAAUUUUCUAUCCAUGAAGUGCCUUGGAAUAAUUUUCUAGUAGUUUGGGCUGCAGCCUUGCCUCCCCCACCUGCUUUUCACACAUGGUGCUAUGACUCUCACCCAGAGGAGGGCUAAACCAUUCUCACCUUUUCCAGCUGGGUACUUACAUUAUCCCUGGUUUCUGCUUUGGGUUUUUAAUUCCUUCACAAGUGAACUGCCCGUGUUUCCGACAGCGAGCGGCUCUGUGCUGGCAGAAGGCCAAAAAGGGAUGGCAGCUCCUGGGCAGCUGCUCCUGCAGCCAGCAGUGCAAGCUCAACUCCAGCAGUGAGUGAGAGGAGAGCCUUUGGACAGACUUGGUUCAAGAGAUUUUAACACCAAGAUUGAGGAGUCAUUCCCCAAGUGUUCCUGCAUGCUCCCCGUUUCUGGGAAAAUGUGCUUUACACUCCUACAGGCAGUGGCCAGCCAGAAUCUCGGCCUGGUGGGAAAGCCUCCAUCAGUUCCUAUUUCCAGUUCUGGGGGGGCAUCCUAAGCCUCCAAAGGAAUCCCUGCAAUGUCCCCAGAGCAGGGCCACGUGUGCCCUCCAGCCAGUCUGUGCUGCUUGUAAGCACAACAUCAAUCCCCUGCAACCAGGAAAUGCACCUUUGUUUUCUUUGGGAAAAGCUUUUCCUGGCUGACUCUGGGUUCCUGUCCCUGCUUCUCCCUCACCCCACAGAGCCCCUAGGCCUGAGGGACAGCAAAGGAGAGCUGCCUCCGUGGGGAACUGGAACCAUGGACAGAUAUUCCCAAAAGGCAACUCAAGCCCUUCACUAUUUGUUAGAAUAUCUUGUCAAAACAAAAAACUCACAGGACUCAAAAAGUGGAACUGGAGGAAGUUUAAAAAGGAAUAGUAAAUAUGGGCAAUGUCAAAAUAUGUAUUUAAGAUACUUAAGAUUCUGGGCAUGGAUCAACAUCCAUAUUUUGAAAUAAUUUGAAUUUCUUAAUUGAAAGAAAUAAAGGCUAAAGUAAAACAUUUAGACUUACAUUUAGUCUCUGAAAAGCAAUAGUGCUUAGUCCCAGUGCAGGACAAUAGGCUUUUGAAUUCUGGAACCUUCCUGCCAGUCCGUUUCUGCUGCCCACUGCAUAGAAAAGUAGCAAAAACAUCCCAUUAAAGGAGUGGAUUCCUGUCUGUUUAACACACAAAGUGCUUCAGCAACCUCAAAGAAUCACCUUUUUUUUACAAUUGAAUUUAUUAAUGCCUUAUAUGACUAUACAGCAGAGCAGUUUGUCAGAUACACAGUACGAGUCCCUAUGCAGUCUGUUUUUUAAAGAAACCUUCGGGAUCAAAUCCUGUUCUGUCAGGUGGUGCCAGCAGUGAGCACCUCUGCCUGUGUUGUAACCACUCAUGUUUGCCUUCCUUCCACGUUGAUUGUAUCCCAAAUAAAACCAGUUGCGUGGCAGAAUGAAUUAAUCAACAGUGAUGUGAGAAAUAUCUUCAAGCAAUAGUGUCUGUCAGGAAACCACUUACUUACGGUUUGUAUGUUUCUAUGGUCUGGCUUCCUGUAUAAAAUGCUCAGAAGUAAUGCUGUAUUUUACUGUAAACUGAAAUAUUAAUGCAUGAAUUUCUAUUUUUCAAUGGUCAAGAUGCCAUUCAUUUAAAAUCUGCAUCUCAAAUAAAUUUGUACACAAGUUUUCAAUGUCCAGCUCUUCAAUCAGAAUCAACACGUUGACCUGGAAAGAUUAUUGGGACUUAUUUCCUUCAAACUUGAAAAAGGCAUCCACCAUUCCUGUCUAAAAAUCCAAGAACCUGACACCCUCUGGAGCUCCCUGGGACUCUGGAGCUGGCCCUGAGCAACUCCUUCCCAGUGCAGAGAAAGAAAAGGGACCGUGACAAACCCACCCUGCACCGCGCUCUACUCGGACACUACUGCCACCACCAUGGACAAUGGAUAUUUAUCACAAUGAACUUCAAAUAAACACAAAUAGAUUAAACUUGCCUCAAGAAAGCCAAAUACCGGUAUUAUUUUAUGUCUAUAAGCUUUAUUGAUACUUGGGGUUUUGGGGCUGGUUGUUGGGGUUUUUUUUUGCUUUUUUGUUGGUUUUUUUUUUUUUUACAUUUCACAAUGCAUUCCACAGACUUAGUUCAGUACAGCUCAAACUGCAAGUGUAUAAAUUUUCACUUAUCAUUUCUUGCAUAACAGGACAGGGCUUUAAGUUUCCAAACAACAUUUGCAGCAUUAGAUACUCGGUCCACAGUUAUCAGAGUCUGAGAGCUGGAGAAGUAUUUGCUCAAGAUCAACUACUGUACGUUUGUGCAACAAAGUGUAUGCUGUAAUUUUCUUUUACUCUAGGUGGAGGUUCUUUGUUCUUUUCUCUUUUGUUGGUUCCAACAGAUGCCAGUGUUUACAGAGACUUUUUAGUUUCUCAAGCUUGUGUGCUCUGGAGCUCGUCCAGGCCUCAGUCAGUUCUCUGACAUACAAAGCACUGUGGAGCAGCUGAAAGAUCUAAGCUUUGUGAAACACAUAUAUAUAUAUAUUGGCAAUUGAUAAAACAAUAAAA